AUGGCUGCGGCGGCGUACGGCCUUGAGUGGUCGCAAGCCUUGUACGCCUCCACACCCCAAGCUGCAGCUGCCGCUGCGGCCGCCGCCCGAGCUGCAGCAGCAGCCAUGGCAAACAAUCAAACUUCGUUUGCAACUGGCGCCUAUCAAAACCACCAAACCCCCCACAUGGUUUUUGUCCCCUUUGCCUCGCCUCAUCUCUACGGCCCUUACGGUAUCACCCAGCCACAGCCACAACCACAACCACAGCCACAGCGCUUCGCCGCCGUUCGGCCCCAUGCCGACGCUGCGGGCGAGCCCCCGGCACAGCGCCCUCGCCUCGAAAGCAGCACCCCCUCAAAUAUGCAUCCGUCCCCACAGAGCGAGGCCGCUGCUCAACACCAGGCUCGACGUGACGCCGGUAUUACCGCCAUUCUCAACGCUGGCUCCCCCCGUCUCGGCGCACACGAACCUUCGUCCGCGGGCCCCAUGCGGCCCAUGUCCCCGGAAGACUUUGGUGCCCGACUGCACGAUCGCCACGAACACACCCUGCGCCAGCUCGAAGACCUCCGCCGUCGCUAUUGUCAGCACCAGCCUGCUGUCCCAGCCACCCAAGCUCCCCAUGCAUCCACCACACAAUCUCAGCAACCCCCCUCUGAUCACGCUCAGCUCGUGCAAGUCCUGAUGACAGCCCAAGCCCAGCAACGACAGUUUCUUCGCUCUAUUCGUGCUCGCCAACGUCGAGACGACCAAUUCCGGCGUCUCGGCGUUGACCUUUCCUCCCCGGCCCAGCAUCCCGAACCUUCAUUCCAACAUGUCUCUGCCACCGAUCGACACUUGGUCGACCACUUUGGCCACGUUCUCCGGGCCCAUCGCAUGAGUAACGCCCCCCUCAAGCAGUCCCUCAGGCCCAUCCUCUGGCCCACCCCAUCAGAGGAAGAAGAACAAUCAGUCGAGGACAAGGCCAAGAGCGUUGCCGCCACCAACCCCUGCCAAAGCAAACCCAAAUCGCCUGCUGCCACCCAACCCCCAUUGCCCACCAAGCCAACCACCGACCACUCGGACAUCCCUGACUCCUUCCGCUGCGCCAUCACCCUCGAGCCCAUGGCUGAUCCCGUGGUAGCUCUUGAUGGUCACACUUAUGAACGCACCGCCAUCGAGCACUGGCUUAAGACUCAACGCAAGUCACCCAUGUCCAACCUGCCCAUGGGCACCACGCUGAUUCCCAACCUGACCCUCCGCAGUAUGAUGCAAGACUGGCUGGAACAGCACCAUCAAAAGUCUUCCUUCUAA